GCCGUCGCUCCCUGCCUCUCUACCAAUGCCGAUCCCGCUGCUGCUCAUCCACACGAAUGCCGUCGUCAUCUCGAUGGACAGAUGAGAGGGGAGGGCGGGCGAAAGUUUGAAGCUCUCUUCAUCGAAGAGCUUGAAUGGCUCGGUUGACGAUGCACCAAGCCAAUGAUGUUGGGGGGCGGGCAAAACCACAGUGCGUGUCGGCGAGACUGGGCUCGCCACCGUCUCUUUCCGGCUAGCAACCCCAGCAGCAACCAGUAGUAGGGCGGCACAAGAUGCCAGUGGUACAAGUGGCGAGAUUUCUCGAGGGCAGGCGAGAAUUCUCGCCGGCAGAGACAAGACUGUCACACCAGACCUUAAUGGUUUCCCAUCAAGCAUUUCUGCCUGAGAGCUUCCAAAACAACUUUCGAACUACUGCAGCCCCAUUCCCUCUCCCCUCCUCCAUCGUGUGUGUUCAUGAUGACACCAGCAGCAUCGGCAGCCCUCCCACAUCCCCUGUUCGGCGCCAAAGUGCAGCUGCCAUCCCCAGAUGCAUGGCGAGGGAGAGGAGCCGCUGUGCUCACGCUGAGCAAGGAGCUCAAGAAGGGCACUGAUGGCACCUGCGUCCUCGUCGCCGACCGCGACCGUGAUGGCAACGAGUACGUCGGCAAGUUCGCCCACCAGAACGAGACGCUGGCAGCGGUGAAGUCGGAGAAGAGCCGCUCGAGCUCCACCUGGACAACGCCCUCAAAAAGGGUGCAGACGGCGCUUGUGUCGUGCUCACCCCAAUGGCAUGUGCCUCCCAUGACGGCAGCAGUUAUGUUGGCAAGUGCUACCACCACGGCGACCACGCCCUCGCGCCGAGAACGUGUUUCUUCGAGAAAAAACUCUUGAGCAUUGCCACGCAUUGCCUCAUGUCUUCAGCUCAUUCGGAGGAGUUGAAGGAGGAGAGGAAGAAGCGGAUGCAUUCUGACUUGUCGGCUGUUUGUGUGUGUAUGGAUGUAUGUGUGCAGAUCGCCGCGCCGCAGCAGUUUCAUCCGGCAGGCAUCAUGCCCAUGUUCAGCUUGGGGACGUGAUGGAAAAGGUCGCAUUCGAAAAAGAGGUAUUUAUCGACAUUGUAGCUGAGGUUUUCGACCUGGUGUUUGUCAGAUCUUGGAUCAGGUCGAAGACCUCAGCUAGAAUGUCAGCCAAAUGCACACACACUCAGGAGGCCGGCCACCCAUUUUCACACGUGCGUGCCCUUCUGGUUGCUGUCGAUUCGGCGUGCUGCAGGAGUCGAACCUCCACGUGGUGAUGCGUCUGCGGGGCGGCGUGAAGGGAGCCCGCCAGGCCGACAAAAAGCAGCAGCACAAGGACGACGAGAAGGAGCAGGCAGGGGAUCCUUUUCCCCCUCUCACGGUAAGUGCCAGGGAAGACAAUGGAGCCGUGUAAUGGACUCUGAGCUGUGUUUCUUGCAGGCGCCAUCACCCCGUCAUCCCCGUUCUCCACAAGCCUUUUACGCGGCCCAGCUGACGAAUGGGGAUCUAGACGAGGCCGCCGAGGGGUCAAACUGCAAAGUCGAGUAAGGGUGACUUCAAAUGGCUUGAUUGCUCUUCUGGUCACGGUUGUGCGUUGCUUUCAGGCGAACCAAGACACGAGGGUGGGUACAAAAUCACCGGGCCGCCAAAUUUGAGGGACAUCUGUUUGGAGCUGCUCGACAAAGCGGUGAACUAAACACACAAGUUGGCUGAUGCCCUGUAAAGUUUGUGGUCUCUUCUGACAGAACCAAAACAGGCUGGCGGAGUCAACACUCCAGUAAGGAAACCCCAAAUCCACCAACACGUUGCCACGUGGUGCUGCAUCUGCGGGGCGGCAUGAAGGGAGUUGGCAGGGCCAACAAGAAGCAGCGGCCCAAGGACGACGAGAGGGAGCAGGCAGGGGAUCCUUUUCCCCCUCUCACGGUAAGUGCCAGGGAAGACAAUGGAGCCGUGUGAUGGACUCUGAGCUGUGUUUCUUGCAGCCGCCGCCACCCCCUGACCCCAACGUCGGCUGGGCCCAUUGUAUGGCCCAGCUGACGAUCUCGUUGGCAGAAAGACAAGAAGGCAAAAGAGAGCGAGAGAGAGAGAGUUUGAAGGGGAAUUGCAGAAGAGACAAGAGGAGAGACAGGUAUGUAGGCACAAAAAGCCACGCUGACGGAUGGGGAUCUAGCUGAGGCCGCCGCAGCCUCAGGGUGCAUCAUCGAGUGGGUGCCUGUCCCCGAGCGGUCCGGCUACUACUACAAGAUGACUGGCUGCGAAGAGGCGAGGGAAGCCUGUCGACUCAUGCUCGACGGAGCGGUGAACUACACACGCAAGUUGGCUGAUGCCCUGUAAAGCUUGUGGUCUUUUUCUGACAGGACCAGAUCAGGCGGAGGAUUCAGCCAGCCAGCGAGUAAGGAAACCCCAAAUCCACCAACAAACAAACACACCACACCUCUGUCACGUGUCGUCAGACCGUCAUCGUCAAGUGCAGCACCAGCAUCCGCCCCUGUCGACCCGCCACCUCCACACCCAGCCACAGGCAACCCCCCGCCACACACGGCGGCGCGAGGAGACACUGAGGCGCAGCGGAAGGCUGAAGAAUACGCCGACAUCAUCCAAGUACGUCUGCUCUGUCCAAUGCGCACUUAUCGUCACAGAAUCAGCGAAUGCAUUCGUGUCCCGUAUGGCGUGUCGUUUGGGUGGCUGCCCUGACUUCUUCCAGGCUCAAGAGGACCAGAUCUCCUUCCUAGCGGCUAGCGAAUACGAGGAGCAAUAUGCCAACGAAUGGCUUAGAGCUGAUCUCCGGGCGCGCCAGGGGGAGGGGGCAGCCCCGAUGACAAGCCAGAUGACGAAGACCCCGACACGGGCAAUCAGCAAGACCCCGGGACCACAGCCCAUCGGCUGUCACAUCUGGAGGCCCAAGCCACUGAGGCGCAGCGGAAGGCGGAAGAAGACGCCGAGAUCAUCCAUCGGCUCCAUGUCGAUAUGCAGGUACGUCUGCUCUAUCCAAUGCACACUUAUCGUCACAGAAUCAGCGAAUGCAUUCGUGUCUCGUAUGGCGUGUCGUUUGGGUGGCUGCCCUGACUUUUCGCAGAGGGGCGAUGCCGAGAACUCCUUCCUCGCCCAAAGCGAGUAUGCAGAGUACUACGCCAACAACGAGCUGAGAGCUGAUCUUGUGGCCGCAAACUCCGCCAAAACGCUGUGUGUGAGUGCACGUGUGUGUGGGAGCGACUGUUUGUCUGGUUGUGUACGGGAUAGGCGGGUGCGGCCGGAUGGGCCCCGGUAGGGGAAGGAAGAAUCGCUGUCUUCAUUUUAUAUUUGCCGUUUGUUUGCUUGCGCUACCUGGUUGGACAGAAGGGAGAAGAGGCCAUCGCUGCCUGCAUUUUAUAUUUGGUGUCUAAUUACUUGAUAUACUCAUGCGCUGGACGAGACAUGCCUUGGCGUUGUAUUGCCGCAACGUAACCGCUCUCUCGCAACACAAACGCCCCGACAAAUCUGUCCAGCUCACCUCACAACACAUAACAUCGGUCCAGCAUGGACCAUAUAUCACAUGAUCAGAGGCAUCCCAUCGCCAACGCCAGCGCCCCGACCCGCAAACAGAUUCGCAGUCUGCCAUACACAACAUGCAAACACAGAGACAUCACAUCACCCACACACCCUGGCAUCAAUUGCAGCUCUCUGUACCAGUAUUCGCAGCUCUUCCUCGAGCGACCGUCUGGUCAUCCUGUCACGCCCUGCUCCUGCCCCCACAGUAUGCUGCUGCUGCUGUGGCUGAGCGGCCUGGUGCCUCUCAUCAGACGAAUGACGCGACAACUCUGA